ACAACAAGCUAAAUUCUCUUUAUAUAUUCAAUUUCAUUGAUUGGGUUUUCUAUAUCCGCGUUAGAUUUUGUUGAAGAAACUGACAGCUCAAAAGUUGUUUAUGAUGGGAACCACUGAAUCACAAUAUACAACAAUCACUACUCCAGUUUCAGUCGAGUCUUCCUCUGAGUCCAUGAUGACUUAUGACCAGCUGGCAGCCUUGAUGGUUUCACUCUCCCAGACCACCUGGCAAAUGCAACUCUGGCCCUUUGCCUCAGUUCUAGUAAUGGGACUCUGGAUCCUGGUCAUUACCCUCAUGCGAGCCACUCAAAGGAACAACCACGAGGUCAACUCUGAAAAUGGCGGGAACUCCGCGGGACAAAAUGGCGGAAACAAGAACAGUGGUUCUGUUGCGGUCGUAAGCAAGGAGGAUGGUAGGGAGUCGGAAGGAUCUGGCAAGGAUCUGGACUGUAAAGCGGGCAACUUCGGAACAAACAUCAAGGUUGCAAUCGGUGAACCGGACUCGCCGGAUGCGAAGUACAGACUAAACGACUACUGGAGCCUGGACAUGAAUGAAUCUGUGCUAAGGCUGUAACAACAAUUUUAAAUUUUGUCGGUGAGGGAAAAUAAUUUUAAAGUAAAUAAUGGAAAUGUUUUAAAAGAAAAUAAUGACUCUAUAGUAUCGGAGCAUAUAAAUUUGCAUACGUUACCUUGAAAUUUUUUUAAUUU